AUGGCUGCUAAUUCCUCCGAAAGAACGAUGAGCACUCCCGCUGCACCGGCGCCGCCGAUCACCGCCCCAAACCACCUUACCUCGGCUCACCAUUUCGUGUCGAUCAAACUGACAACACGAAACUAUCUCUUCUGGCGUACACAGCUCAUCCCUUUCCUCCGGGGUCAGGGUCUUCUCAGCUUUGUUGAUGGAACCACGCCGUGCCCACCGGCGUUGGUUGUCUCCACUCCAGCCGCCGGCACCUCCGAUGAAGCCACGUCCACCGCUGCCAAUCCGGCCUUCUCCGUAUGGACUCAACAAGACCAGUCCAUCUUAUCACUCUUGAUCUCCUCCCUCUCCGAGGAGGUCAUGUAUCUUGCGGUUGGCCGCUCCACCGCAAGGGAAGUAUGGUGCUCCAUUGAGACUGCUCUAGGCUCAUCGACGAGGAUCCGGUGCCUCAACCUUCUUGGUCAAUUUCAGGCGCUUCGCCAAGGGGAGAUGUCAACUGCCGAGUAUCUCGGCCGAGCCCAACUUCUCGUCGAAGACCUAGCGCAGGCCGGCCGGCCGAUGCCUCUUGACGAGCAGAAUCUGUACGUUUUUAGGGGGCUCCGGCCGGAAUUUCGGGCGAUGGCUUCUUCUCUGGCUGUAUCCGGCACUCCGAUCACUCUCCCUCAAUUGUCGGACUACCUACAAGCUCAGACGUUUAUCCACUCCGACGACUUUUUGACCGGUCCGGGGACUGGAGCUCCUACGGCGAUGGUUGCCACUCGGGGCAGGCAGAAUGGUGGAGGCAGACAGAAUCGCGGUGGUGGUCGCCCCAAUCAGUGGCAGAACCGUGGUAGUGGUCGUGGUGGCCAAGGCCGUGGCCGUGGUGGCUCUCCUCGUUGUCAAAUUUGCCGGUCACACGGCCACACUGCCAUUUAUUAUUUCCGGCGGUACUCCGAUCAACCACCACCACCGCAGGAAAAUAUCGCAGUUCCUUCCGAUGCAGUUCUCCACCGGAGGUUGCGGCUUGGUAUCCUGACACCGGCGCAUCCUCUCACGCCACUCCCGAUCCGGCCAUGA